AUGGCUCAAUUCACAGCAUCUGAUGAAUGCGGGGUCAUUUCAUCGCUCACUCCCUCCACUAAUAAUUAUCCCCAGCCCAGCAACAGAAACCCCCAGCGCCGGCUUCCCCUCGCAAUCCAGCGUCGUAACCAAUGGACGUAUCUGGCCAUGUUGCCCCUGAACAACCAGUCGAGCCCACGAAUCGGAGCCAUGCAGGGCAGCAACACUCGCAUCCCCCGAAACGAACAUCCCAAAUCGGAAGAAAACUCACAGAUUGUGUUCAGGCGUGUUGCGGGGAAUGUUCUCUUCGGCGUCGCAAGCUCGAUCGUAGCUUGCUUCCAUACCUCGUCAUGUGAGGAGCUCAUCGGCUACCUUACACUACAGCAAGUCAGGCUGCGUUUAUUAUCGUGCUGCAAAGCCAACAGAGCCACCAUCAAGUCUUCUCUUUGGUUUAUGGUGCUCGUCUACCGGCCAUGGAGGCCGGGGGCAGAUUAG